AUGUGUGGAAUUUUGGGAAUUGUACUGGCUGACCAAAGCCAGAACUGCGCAGCGGAGCUGUUUGAUGGAUGCCUGUUUCUUCAGCACAGAGGUCAGGACGCAGCAGGUAUUGUCACCUGCGGAAAGAGAGCCAGAUUGUACCAAUGCAAGGGUAACGGAAUGGCCAGUGAUGUGUUCACUCAACAGAGAAUGUUGGGACUUGUCGGUAACAUGGGUCUGGCACACCUGAGAUACCCUACCGCGGGAUCGAGUGCCACCUCUGAGGCCCAGCCUUUCUAUGUCAACUCACCAUACGGUAUUGCAUUGAGUCACAACGGUAACUUGACCAACGGAGAAGAACUCAGAACCUACAUGGACGAAGUUGUGCAUAGACAUAUCAAUACUGACUCUGACUCUGAACUUUUGUUGAACCUGUUUGCCAGCGAGCUUGCAGCCUACGGAAAAUCGAGAGUCAACAACAGUGAUCUGUUCAAGGCCUUGAAAGGUGUUUUCGAGAAAGUUAGAGGAGCUUACGCUUGUGUUGCGAUGUUGGCCGGUUACGGUAUCAUUGGUUUCAGAGAUCCUCAUGGUAUCCGUCCGAUCCUGAUUGGAGAGCGUUUGAAAGACGAUGGAUCCAAAGACUAUAUGCUUUCCUCCGAAUCUGUUGUUCUGAAGGCCCACGGGUUCCAGGUCUACAGAGACUUGCUGCCCGGUGAAGCUGUUAUAAUACCGAAGAACACCAUGAAGCCUGAGUUCAAGCAAGUUGUUCCAAUGCAGUCCUAUACCCCAGACAUCUUUGAAUACGUGUAUUUUGCAAGACCAGAUUCUGUUUUGGAUGGUAUCAGUGUCUACAGAUCCAGACUCGAAAUGGGAACCAAGCUCGCUCAAAACAUCGCCAAGAAGUUCGAAAAAGUUGAUCUUGACGUGCGCAAAGAAAUCGACGUUGUUAUUCCUGUGCCCGACACCUCGCGUCACUCCGCCUUGCAAUGCGCUAAUACAUUGAACAUUCCUUACAGAGAAGGUUUCAUCAAGAACAGAUACGUUGGAAGAACUUUCAUCAUGCCUGAUCAGAAACAGAGACAGUCUUCGGUGAGACGGAAGCUGAACGCGAUGGCCUCCGAGUUUUACGGGAAAUCUGUUCUUUUGGUGGACGACUCCAUUGUGAGAGGAACCACCUCCAAGGAAAUCAUCUCGAUGGCUAGAGAAGCCGGUGCCAAGAAAGUUUACAUUGCUUCUUGUUGUCCUGCUAUUAGAUACAACCAUAUCUACGGUAUCGAUCUUGCAGACAAUCGUGCGCUUGUUGGUUACAACAAAUCAGACGACCAGAUUUCCGAUGUGAUUGGAGCUGACCAAGUGUUUUACCAGAACUUGCAAGAUCUUAUCGAGUGUUGUGUCAAGGACAACCAGCUCAAGGACCACGAGAUGGAGCUUGCAUUGACUCCUGUCGUUUCCAGAGACGAUACUCUCGAUUCUCAAAUCCUUACUAAUAAGUCUGCUCCUCCGAUUGAUUCGUUUGAGGUUGGUGUCUUUACUGGAUCUUACGUUACCGGAGACGAGACUGAGUAUCUUACGUUUGCUGAGAAGGCUCGUGCCGUCAAUGAGAUGCUGAAAUCGAAAGCAAAACUGAACCGCGGAAUGGAGAGCUUGGAUAUAGAAGAUGUUAAGGCUGCUGUUGACAUUUCCAUCUUCAACAGUGGUGAUUACAAUUAG